GGAUAAAAAUAAACCCCUCUCAAGUGUCUUGUGUCGGCAUAAAGUAGGUCGGACAAAGCGAUUAGUGAACACAUCUUUACCUGGCGUUAAGGCAGAUAAGAGCAGACACACACGUUGUGUUCAGCCCUAUAGGGACGGUGUUUUAUUUCAUCCUAGUCGAUCUCUCACAGUAUACCUCUAGUCCCUACCAACCUACAACAGCUGCGGGCUGUACUUUCACCGAAUUCAAAGAAGUCGAGCAUACCACGUGACUUGCUGCUAAAAAUAGACCACAGCGCAUGGUUAUGUUUUGUGGAUAAAGUUUUCAUUUCAAAGUGUGAAAAGAAAACAUUUGAAGUCGUGAAGCUAUCUUUGAGGGUCACAAGUCAAAGCUAGGAUUUUAGCCUGACUAUUUCGUCGUCUUGGAUUGAAGAGUUCUACAGGGGAUAGGAGAGUUAUCACGCUUGGAUUUGUUGAGCAAUAUUCAGGAGAUUGGCCACUCGACCACUCGAACGCCGUCCCCGCAUCACGUGACUCAGCUGACGAUGAACAACUACCGCAGCAUCAAGGUGGUGUUGGUGGGGGACAUGUAUGUCGGCAAAACUUCCCUCGCCAACGUCUUCACCAGCAGCACCUUUCAAGACAAGUACUCAGCAUCGGUCGGCGGUCACUUCCAGGCCAAGAACCUUCCAGAACUGAACGUCACGGUCCAGCUGUGGGACACGGCUGGCAUGGAGAGGUUCAGGGCACUGCUGCCCCACUUCAUGAGGGAUGCCAUGUGUGCUCUCAUGGUCUAUGACGUAUCCAAUAAGGAGACGUUCGUGUCGGUACAGAACUAUUGGCUGGAGUAUGUGGAGUCUCACGCUAUUCCUAACUUGGUCAAGGUGCUCGUAGCUAACAAGGCGGAUGUCCAGUUGAGGGCGGUCAAAGAAAAUGAGGGAAGACGGUUUGCCAGUUUGCACAACAUGCUGUUUGUUGAGACGUCGGCCAAAUUCGGAUUAAAUGUCAACUUGUUAUUUUCUGAAGCUGCGAAAGCCGUUACAAAAGCCUUCCCUCCAGUUCAAGUUGAAAAGAAUGGGAUUCAGUUAGAGAAAUUAGGAUACAAGAAAGAAAAACGUUGCUGUUUGAUGUCGUCAUAGCCAGUCUUUUAAUUGUGUUAUCUACUCGGAGCUUUCAAAAUGGUGAUGUGCUAAUAAGAGCGUAUUGGAGUGCGCUAAGACAACAGUGCUACAGGCAGAUGGCUGGAGUAUAUUAAGACAAUAAUGCUACAGGCAGCUGAUUGUAACCCACUUACACAAUCAUGCUAAAGACAGCAUUUUGAAAUUUUCAAAAUACGCAUGCCAACGUUUUCAAUUAAGGUAGCUGCUAAAGAUAAUAAACUAUGAUCAUACGGAAUUAUUAUGAUGAUUACGAUACAGUAACAGACCUUAUGAACGUCACAAACAAGCCCUGUGAAUAGCGUCAAACUUGAAGGUUAAAAACAGACAUAUUGUUGUUCAUAAAAAAAACAACUUGAUGAAGGUUAUCAACAUAUCUUACUUCCACCUUAAGCAAACUAGUGCGAGAUUAUCGUGUUUGGAGUACAACUCUAGCACAAGAUUCUCGUGUAUGGAGUGUAAUGAUAGCACCAGAUUAUCGUGUAUGGAGUGCAUUUAUAACACGAGAUUAUCGUGUAUGGAGUGCAACAUUAAUCUAGUAGCUGCCAUGUCAUGAAGUCAUGUAAAACUGUCUACUAAACCGCCAUGUGCCGACUAGAUGAUCCACAGACUUCUCCCCAGUGUUUCAUCUGCAGAAAAUAUCCUACACGACUGUGUCGGUCUAUUAACAGACAAAUAUGAAACUUCACCUUUUGGUGAACUGAGCAAGUGAUAUCAUCAGGUACAAGAUAUAUCCACAAACAAUACUUCUACAUUAGACAUACACGUUGAUUCAGAUGUCUUUAUACACGGUUGUGUGUGCUGCCUUACUUCAACUCUCAAUGUAGAUUUGAUCGUAGUUUUAUACUUCUGAUAUCUGUUUUUUUUUUUUUUUUUUUUUUUACUGUGGAGUAUCCGUGCACACUGAAUCUUCCCGUUUUCUGGUAACAAUGCAUGUGAAAACUUGGUGCAUUUUACUUUUUUUUUUGGUCGCGAAAUUUUUUAAAAAAAUGACAAAACUGGCCACAAGCAAGUAUAUGAAAAAUCUGGGUAGUGAACAAUAUCCUAGUCUUUUUUUUAAAGCCGGAUGUGUUUAGAUUACACUUAGAAAUCUGUCAAAGUGUUGACUUGCAACUCUAAGAAAAAAAAAGAUUUCCUUUAUUUAUUUGAUUGUUCUUUCACUGUAAAUGUGUUGAUUUUGUUUUAUUAAAGAUACUGUCAAUGAAGUUGUUUUUCAAUGUAAAUGCAUUAUAAAAUAUUCUAAUAUUUAAAUCCUUACCACUGUAAAUACAUUGAUUUUGUUUUAUUAAAGAUACUGUCAAUGAAGUUGUUUUACAAAGUAAAUGAAUUAUAAAAUAUUCCUAAUGUUUAAAUGCUUACCACUGUAAAUAUAUAUUGAUUUUGUUUUAUUAAAGACACUGUCGUUGAAGUUAAUUUGCAAUGUAAAUGCACUAAAAAUAUUUCUAAUGUUUAAAUGCUUACCACUGUAGAUAUAUUGAUUUUGUUUUAUUGAAGGUAGUGUCAAUGAAGUUGUUUUACAGUGUAAAUGCAUUAUACAAUAUUCCUAUUGUUUAAAUGCCAAAUGUUCAUGUUGUUGAUAUAAAUAUAUUGGUUAAUGCA